CACGGCGGUUGGCCAUAUAGAGGCUGGGGGUGGGGGGGAGGUCAAGCGUAGCCUGUUCUCCUUUACCAAGAUGGCGGCUCGUCCCUGUUUCGCCACAGUUCCUACGUUAUGAGCUUGAUUUCCUUACACUGAUAAGAGAGGAACAGCAAAAGCUGGCAGGCUGACAGAGGCGGCCUCAGGACGGACCCUCCGGCUCCCGACCGUUUUGCUGGCGCUGUGGCUCUGAGAGCCGUGUGCCCGGGUCCUGGGGCCGCUCCAGGGGGCGUCUGGAGGCCGACUGUGGGGCUCCUGCCCGACAGCAGAGCCACGUGCCCUCGGCUGGCCUCUCCGCCGCCGCCUGAGUCCCCCGGCUAGGAGUGGCUCACCCGGAUCGAGUGGCGCCCUGAGACCAACCAUGAGCUCCGUUGCAGUUCUGACCCAGGAGAGCUUUGCUGAGCACCGCAGUGGACUGGUGCCGCAGCAAAUCAAAGUUGCCACUUUAACUUCCGAAGAGGAGAGCGACCCUCCAACCUACAAGGAUGCCUUCCCCCCACUCCCCGAGAAAGCAGCCUGCCUGGAAAACGCCCAGGAGCCUGCUGGCGCCUGGAGUAACAAGAUCCGGCCCAUCAAGGCUUCUGUCAUCACUCAGGUGUUCCAUGUACCGCUGGAGGAGAGGAAAUACAAGGACAUGAACCAGUUUGGAGAAGGUGAACAAGCAAAAAUCUGCCUUGAGAUCAUGCAGAGAACCGGCGCUCACCUGGAGCUAUCUCUCGCCAAAGACCAGGGCCUCUCCAUCAUGGUUUCAGGGAAGCUGGACGCUGUCAUGAAAGCCCGGAAAGACAUUGUGGCCCGACUUCAGACUCAGGCUUCAGCAACCGUCGCCAUUCCCAAAGAGCACCAUCGCUUUGUAAUUGGCAAAAAUGGAGAGAAACUGCAAGACCUGGAGCUAAAAACUGCAACCAAGAUCCAGAUCCCGCGCCCGGAUGAUGCCAGCAAUCAGAUCAGAAUCACGGGCACCAAGGAGGGCAUUGAGAAGGCACGCCACGAGGUGCUGCUUAUCUCUGCGGAGCAGGACAAGCGUGCUGUGGAGCGGCUCGAGGUGGAGAAGGCCUUUCACCCCUUCAUCGCGGGGCCUUACAACCGGCUGGUGAGCGAGAUCAUGCAGGAGACGGGGACGCGCAUCAACAUCCCGCCGCCCAGCGUCAGCCGCACCGAGAUCGUCUUCACGGGCGAGAAGGAGCAGCUGGCCCAGGCCGUGGCUCGCGUCAAGAAGAUUUACGAGGAGAAGAAAAAGAAGACCACGACCAUCGCGGUGGAGGUGAAGAAGUCCCAGCACAAGUACGUCAUCGGCCCCAAGGGCAACUCCCUGCAGGAGAUCCUGGAGAGAACCGGAGUCUCUGUGGAGAUCCCGCCCUCGGACAGCGCCUCUGAGACAGUGAUACUGCGCGGCGAGCCUGAGAAGCUGGGGCAGGCGCUGACUGAAGUCUAUGCCAAGGCCAACAGCUUCACCGUCUCUGCGGUCUCUGCUCCCUCCUGGCUCCACCGCUUCAUCAUCGGCAAGAAAGGGCAGAACCUGGCCAAAAUCACUCAGCAGAUGCCAAAGGUCCACAUCGAGUUCACGGAGGGCGAGGACAGGAUCACACUGGAAGGCCCCACGGAGGACGUCAGCGUGGCCCAGGAGCAGAUCGAGGCCAUGGUCAAGGACCUGAUUAACCGGAUGGAUUACGUGGAGAUCAACAUCGACCACAAGUUCCACAGACACCUCAUCGGGAAGAGCGGAGCCAAUAUAAACAGAAUCAAGGACCAGUGCAAGGUGUCCGUGCGCAUCCCGCCCGACAGCGAGAAGAGUAGCCUGAUCCGCAUCGAGGGUGACCCGCAGGGCGUGCGGCAGGCCAAGCGGGAGCUGCUGGAGCUCGCCUCCCGCAUGGAAAAUGAGCGUACCAAGGAUCUAAUCAUUGAGCAGAGAUUUCAUCGCACAAUCAUCGGGCAGAAGGGUGAACGGAUCCGUGAAAUUCGGGACAAAUUCCCAGAGGUUAUCAUCAACUUUCCAGACCCAGCACAAAAAAGUGAUAUUGUUCAGCUCAGAGGGCCCAAGAACGAGGUGGAGAAAUGCACAAAGUACAUGCAGAAGAUGGUGGCCGACCUGGUGGAAAACAGUUAUUCGAUUUCUGUUCCGAUCUUCAAGCAGUUCCACAAGAACAUCAUCGGGAAGGGAGGCGCAAAUAUUAAAAAGAUUCGGGAAGAAAGCAACACCAAAAUUGACCUUCCGGCAGAGAACAGCAACUCGGAGACCAUCGUCAUCACCGGCAAGCGGGCCAACUGCGAGGCCGCCCGCAGCCGCAUCCUGUCCAUCCAGAAGGACCUGGCCAACAUCGCCGAGGUGGAGGUGUCCAUCCCCGCGCGACUGCACAACUCGCUCAUCGGCACCAAGGGCCGCCUCAUCCGCUCCAUCAUGGAGGAGUGCGGCGGCGUCCACAUCCACUUCCCUGUGGAGGGCUCGGGCAGCGACACCGUGGUCAUCAGGGGCCCGUCCUCGGACGUGGAGAAGGCCCGGAAGCAGCUGCUGCACCUGGCAGAGGAGAAGCAAACCAAGAGCUUCACAGUUGACAUCCGCGCCAAGCCUGAGUAUCACAAGUUCCUCAUCGGCAAAGGGGGCGGGAAAAUCCGCAAGGUGCGGGACAGCACCGGGGCGCGCAUCGUCUUCCCGGCGGCCGAGGACCGCGAGCAGGACCUGAUCACCAUCAUCGGGAAGGAGGAUGCCGUCAGGGAGGCCCAGCGGGAGCUGGAGGCCCUCAUCCAGAACCUGGACAACGUGGUUGAAGACUGCAUGCUGGUGGACCCCAAGCACCACCGCCACUUCGUCAUCCGGAGAGGCCAGGUGCUGCGGGAGAUCGCCGAGGAGUAUGGCGGGGUGAUGGUCAGCUUCCCGCGCUCCGGCACGCAGAGCGACAAGGUCACCCUCAAGGGCGCCAAGGACUGCGUGGAGGCGGCCAAGAAGCGCAUCCAGGAGAUCAUCGAGGACCUGGAGGCCCAGGUGACCAUGGAGUGCACCAUACCCCAGAAGUUCCACCGAUCGGUCAUGGGCCCCAAAGGCUCCAAGAUCCAGCAGAUCACCCGGGACUAUAACGUCCAAAUUAAAUUCCCAGACAGAGAGGAGAACCCAGGGCACAGCGUGGAGCCUGCUGUCCACGAGAACGGCGAGGACGCCGCGGAGGGGAGAGAGGGCAAGGAGGCCGAGCCCGGCUCCCCCAGGAGGUGCGACAUCAUCCUCAUUUCCGGCCGGAAGGAGAAGUGCGAGGCGGCCAAGGAAGCCCUGGAGGCGCUGGUUCCUGUCACCAUUGAAGUGGAGGUGCCCUUUGACCUUCACCGCUACAUCAUCGGCCAGAAGGGAAGCGGGAUACGCAAGAUGAUGGACGAGUUUGAGGUGAACAUUCACGUCCCGGCGCCUGAGCUGCAGUCUGACAUCAUCGCCAUCACGGGCCUGGCUGCGAACCUGGACCGGGCCAAGGCGGGGCUGCUGGAGCGGGUGAAGGAGCUGCAGGCUGAGCAGGAGGACCGGGCUUUACGGAGCUUUAAGCUGAGUGUCACUGUGGACCCUAAAUACCACCCCAAGAUCAUCGGGAGGAAGGGGGCGGUGAUCACCCAGAUCCGCCUGGAGCACGAUGUGAACAUCCAGUUUCCUGAUAAGGACGACGGGAGCCAGCCCCAGGACCAAAUCACCAUCACAGGCUACGAGAAGAACACGGAGGCUGCCCGGGACGCCAUCCUGAAGAUCGUGGGUGAGCUUGAACAGAUGGUUUCUGAGGACGUCCCGCUAGACCACCGCGUUCACGCCCGCAUCAUCGGUGCCCGUGGCAAAGCCAUCCGCAAAAUCAUGGAUGAGUUCAAGGUGGACAUCCGCUUCCCGCAGAGUGGGGCGCCCGACCCCAACUGCGUGACCGUGACGGGGCUCCCGGAGAACGUGGAGGAAGCCAUCGACCACAUCCUCAACCUGGAGGAGGAAUACCUGGCCGACGUGGUGGACAGCGAGGCGCUGCAGCUGUACAUGAAGCCCCCUGCCCACGAGGAGUCCAAGGCGCCGUCCAAGGGCUUUGUUGUUCGCGACGCCCCCUGGACUGCCAGCAGCAGCGAGAAGGCGCCCGACAUGAGCAGCUCCGAGGAGUUCCCCAGCUUCGGGGCUCAGGUGGCCCCCAAAACCCUCCCGUGGGGCCCCAAGCGAUAAUGGCCGAGGAGCAGCACCCGCCCCGCGAGGGUCCGUCUCACUCUGACCCGGCGGCCGGACCCUGCGCACGUGUCGAUCCCGCCCGCCCUGAGGUCUCACAGCGAAGCCGGCAGCCCCGGCCCGGCCCUGCGCUCGGCACCUCGUGAACACUAAGGAGGCCGUAGUUCGGAGUCACCCCGCCCACCGGCCAAGCUCCCGCCUGCCGGGAGAGCCCGCAGCUGCGGCCGCACCUGCUUCCUGUCAUGACCUCAGGAAAUAAAUUUCCUUGACUUUAUAAAAGCCAAA